AUGGAAACACAAAAACGCAGCGUUAGUACCUUCUACACUUUGCUCGACGACAAACUGGCCCAUUAUGCACUUCUCUCCCUCGGCUGUCUCGCCGUCCUUAUCUACGUAUGGAAGGCUGUAUUCCACUUCAACGCCCACCUCCGAAGACUAAACACCUUCAGCAACUCGGACCAGAAAUACUUUCUCAUCCCGAAUACCACCCUGGCGAGAAUAAAAAACCACCUCCUCUACGCACCCCUCUUUCAUACACGUCAUAAUCGCGAAUUCCAACUCUCCCGCGCCAUCAACAUGGGUACGUUACCGAGUCGACUGCACGGGCUUGUUAUUAUUGGUAUACUGUCGAUGAAUAUCACACUCUGUCUCGUGACAACCCCAUAUGGAAAGAGUGAAGCAACAGUAUCAAAGAUCAUCUUGAACAGAACUGGCACUAUGGCCACUGUGAAUCUCAUUCCGCUGGUUCUGAUGGCUGGUCGCAAUAAUCCUCUGGUCGGCCUUUUGGGUGUCCCCUUUGAUACCUGGAACUUGAUACAUCGCUGGCUGGGGCGGAUUGUCGUUCUUGAGGCGGUCGCUCAUGCGCUUGCGGAUGUUAUUCCUAGAGUGCAGAAGAGUGGCUGGAGCUACUUGGGAGCACGCUUUGAAGUGAGCUUAUUCAUGCUGAGUGGUCUUGUGGCCUGCUGUGCAUUCGUCGGUCUCAUGGUCCAUUCAGUCUCUCCGAUCCGCCAUGCAUUUUAUGAGACGUUUCUUCACUUGCAUAUUUGUCUGGUUAUUCUUGGUCUGGCUAUGCUAUGGGUACACCUGAAGGCUAAAGAAGCCGAUGCUCUCAAGUAUCUGGUCGCCGCUAUUACCUUAUGGGCGUUUGAGCGAGCCACCCGAUUGAUAAUCCUCAUAUACAGGAAUAUAUCAACCAAACACACCACAGCCGACGUAGAAGCCCUCCCGGGCGACGCGGUACGGGUAUCUCUCCGCCUCGCACGACCAUGGCGCGUCAAACCAGGCCAACACAUCUACCUCUACAUCCCAUCUAUCGGAUGGUGGAGCUCUCACCCAUUCUCAGUUGCAUGGGGCGCGUCUGGAGAAAUCACCGAGAAAAUUCCACACGAUGUCAGCAGGGAAACCAAAACCAUUUCCCUCCUCAUUCGUCGCCGGACGGGGUUCACAGAUAGCCUAUUCAAGCGUGUAUCAAACUCCCCAGACUCUCGCGUUAGACUGUCGGCGUUUGUCGAGGGUCCGUACGGGGGCACGCAUUGUCUAGAUACAUACGGGACCAUCCUCCUUUUCGCGGGCGGGGUAGGAAUCACGCACCACCUCCCCUUCGUACGAUAUCUAGUCCAAUCCUACGCAGAGAGAACAACCGCCGUGCGCCGGAUCACGUUAGUCUGGAUAAUCCAGUCGCCGGAACAUCUAGAGUGGAUUCGUCCGUGGAUGACUGAGAUUCUCGGCAUGGAUCGACGACGUGACAUACUCCGGAUCAAACUGUUUAUUACACGUCCUCGGAAUACAAAGGAGAUUGUUAGUCCUAGCGCAACUGUGCAGAUGUUUCCCGGACGGCCGAGUGUGGAUUUGCUGCUUGGGAUGGAGGUGGACAGCCAGAUUGGGGCGCUGGGGGUGAUGGUUUGUGGGAGUGGGGGAUUGAGCGAUGCUGUGAGGAGGGCUUGUCGGAGGCGAACGGGCAGUACGAGUGUUGAUUAUAUUGAGGAGAGCUUUUCAUGGUAG